CAAAACACUAAAUCCGGAAACAAAAACAAAACUUCGAGUUGUUCGCCUUCUGCAGCUGCGUCUCGCUUAAUUUAUUAAUAUUAUUUUAUUUUUAUACGAAUUGCCAGUGUUUGUGCUAAAAAAAACUCUCGUAAAAAUGCUAAAGGAUGCAAAAUCGAAUCUACCUUGGGUAGAAAAGUACCGGCCGGCCACGCUCGGUGACUUGAUUUCCCACGAAGAAAUUAUCUCCACAAUCAGCAAAUUCAUCCAGGAGGAACAGCUUCCGCAUCUGCUGUUCUACGGCCCACCGGGAACGGGCAAAACCAGCACAAUCUUGGCCUGCGCCCGUCAGCUCUACAAACCGCAGUCCUUCAACCAGAUGGUGCUGGAGUUGAACGCGUCGGAUGACCGCGGUAUCAACAUCGUGCGCAACCAGAUCCUGAACUUCGCCUCAACCCGGACGAUUUUCAGCGGUGGCUACAAGCUGAUCAUCCUGGAUGAAGCGGACGCCAUGACCAACGAUGCCCAGAACGCGCUGAGGCGUAUCAUCGAGAAGUACACGGACAAUGUGCGGUUCUGCAUCAUCUGCAACUAUCUGAGCAAAAUUAUUCCGGCGCUGCAGUCUCGUUGUACGCGGUUCCGCUUUGCGCCACUGUCGCCGGAUCAGAUUCUGCCGCGGCUGGAGCACGUGAUUGAAGCGGAAGACAUCAAAGUUUCCGACGACGGAAAGAAGGCGCUAAUGACGCUGGCCGGCGGGGACAUGCGGAAGGUGCUCAAUGUGCUGCAGAGCACCUGGAUGGCGUACAAAGAUGUGACGGAGGACAAUGUUUAUACGUGCGUGGGCCAUCCGCUGAAGAUCGACAUCACGAACAUCGUCAACUGGUUGCUGAACGUAGAAAGCUUCAAAGAAACUUUUGAGAAAAUUCAAGAACUCAAAACCAACAAGGGUCUUGCGUUGGAGGAUAUUCUGACGGAGAUACAUCUGUAUGUGCACCGGAUGGAACUGCCACCGCGGGUGAUGUGCCAGCUGUUGAUCAAGAUGGCAGCGAUUGAGGAACGGUUGGCCGCCGGGUGCGUGGAGAAGCCUCAGAUGGCAUCGCUGAUUGCGGCGUUUCAGAUCGCACGGGAUCAAGUGAUUGUGGAGACUUAAGGUAGGUGGCGAUGAACGGUAUUAUUAGGAAGUAGGAAUAAAUGGUCUUUUGUAUAGAAA